AUGGCGAGCGGCAGCGCGCGACGGGAUGCCUGCGCCCUCCCCGCGGUGAGGGCCCUGGCGGUCCUCGCGGCCGCGGGCGUCGCUGGGGACGCGGGCUGCAGGGCGCGCGCGCCGCGCGCCGAGCGGGCGCCGUGGGAGGCCUGCGCGAUGUUCCUGCAGGUGGGGAGCCAGGUCCGCAUCCGCACGGGCGACGCCAGCGCGCCGUGGGCGAGCGAGGCGGCCGGGCCACCCGCCGCGGCCGUGCCGCCGAGGAUGCAGUACUGGAAGCGCUGGGACCCCGUGCGGCUGGCAGAGGGCUCGGCGGAAGAGGGGUCCCAGAGGUUCCUGCUCUUCGACAUGGAUCUGGGGGGGCUGAACAACCUGCGCAUCGGGUGGGAGGUCGCUGCCACCCUUGCCCACGAGACGGGCAGGACGCUGGUGCUGCCCCCGCCCAAGAGCGUCUACCUCAUUGACAGUGGGCCCGAGUACGUGCGGUAUCCAGAGCCUGGCCACAAGUCCAGGAUCGAGGACUUCAUCAACAUGGAGCAGCUGCAGAAAGGGAGCCUCAGAGCGCUGACGGUAAAGGAGUUUGCAGACGGGCAAAUGGGAGAGAACACGACGGAGACUCAGGCGGAGCUCUUCUGGGUCGAGACCGCGCGGUCCAAAGCGCGGAGUGUACAUGGGAACACUUCGGUGCUUUGCGACCUCUCACAUUGGGAUGCAGAGGACAAGUUCAUUUACGCCCACAUGGUGUCCGACACCGACGGCCGCAUCUUCGGAUGUAGCAAGUGGUGGAGCCUCGGCACGGCGCAGCUCAAGAGGGACGGCGAGCCAUGGACGCCUUCCCUACAGGCCGUGUCGAUGCUCCACGGGGGCUUCGUGUGGCACCAGGACGUGUUCAAUAUGGCCUCGCUCAUAGUGCAAGACCUCGGCAUGUACAAGUAUGCCUCGCUCCACGCACGCUACGGGGACUUCCAGUUCGAGGACAGCAAGGAGCCUGCUGGCGCCAUCAUCAGCACGUGGUUCACGUCCGACCUGGGGCGCCGGCUGAUGAAGAAUACGACAGGCGUCUACGUCUCCACGGACGACACCAGCGGCAGGGUGGUCGACGCCUUCCGCAGCAAGGGCAUCUGGGCCAAGAGCUCCCUCGACUACUUCGACGAUCCGGGCUCCCCUGUCGCGCACCUGGUGAGCCAGUGGGGCGCGAUGCGAGUUCAGCAGCUCAAGGGCCCGGUGGAGCAGGUGGUCUGCGCGUUCGGCCGCGUCUUCGUCGGCACGGGGCACUCCACUUUCACGGGAUCCGCUACAACGCUGACGCGCCUCAGACGGCCCUGCUCUACCACGACGUGCCGCCGACCGAGCAGACCGUCCUGCAGGUGGAGUCUGCCGCCGCGGAGUGGGACGCCAGGGGCGGCGCGCACGCGUGGGCGGAGCCCCCGGCAGACUCGGGCACCGUGGAGCUCCACCUCCAGGAGGCGCCCUCGCCGUCGUUGCUGCAGGCGCGGGACGCGGCCAGGCGGCCCGGUGGCCCGAGCGCCCGCGAGCGGAUGUGGGGCGAGCGCCGCUGGGCCGCGGUCCUCGUGGCGCCCGCCCUGUUGUGGGCUGCCACCUCGCCGAGGACGGGCCCGAUGA